UCCCUGGGACACAAGCAGUUGUGGAACUUUAUAUAAAAAACAGACAAAGAGGAAAAGGAUGUUUGGAAUUGACAUGUUGCCAGCAUCCCGUCACCUGGCAGCUUUAUUGCUCAUGAUCACCUGCUGUGGACCCGUCUCACCCCUGGACGCCCCUCCGGCGACAUCGACCUCAGUUUUCUCGGCGACACGCACCAGCAGCAUCGUGGGCGGCAAGCAAAGCGUUGUGACUUUCAACAAACUCACCGUCAACAUUGGAAGAGAUUUCAAUCCGGACACCGGUUACUUUCGUUGCCGCAUUCCGGGAGCGUAUUAUUUCUCUUUCUCGAUGGGAAAAUUCCCGAAUAAAAUGCUGUCUGUUAUUCUAGUGAAAAACGGGCGAGAGGUACAAGCUAUGGCGUAUGACGACUACCGUAAAAAGGGCAGAAAAGUCCAAAGUCAGAGUGUUAUGAUAACGUUGGAACACAUGGACACAGUGUGGUUAUUACUACAACCGAGUCCGCAGUACGCUUUGUACAGCAACGCCGGUCCUUACAUCACCUUUUCCGGUUACCUCGUUUAUCCCGAUUCAAGCCGCUACAUCAGCAACCACUUGAAUCCUCACCAAAACUGCCCAAUUCCGACCGCAUCCCGGGAAGAACAACCGCGAUCUGCUUUCUCGGUAGCACGGACAUCCACUAUCAUCGGUAAGAGCAGCACCACGCAACACCAACGCAAGUCACCUCUGACCUUUGAUGUCGAAUACGUCAACAUCGGCGGACAUUUUAACACAUCAUCAGGCACAUUCACUUGCCGCUUCCCGGGAGCGUAUUAUUUCGCUUUUACGGUAGGGAAACACCCACGUAAGGCUGUUUCUGUGAAGCUCAUGACCGGGACGGGUCAGGUGCAAGCCAUGGUGUUCGACGAGGAUACGUCCAAAAGACGGGAGAUGCAGAGUCAGAGUUUGCUGCUGUCGCUUCGCCGAGGAGACACCGUGUGGUUGUACAGUCAGCAGGACGAGCGCUACGCCGUGUAUAGCAACCAAGGGCGGUACACCACCUUCUCUGGAUUCUUAGUGUAUCCUGAGGCUUCUCAGUCCGAACACAAAUAAACACAGACGCUCAUUGGUGAAUUUUUUUUAUCAUAAAAAAGUGUUAUACUAAGUGUUAUACUAUUAGCUGUAUGUUCUCAUGUCCCUUUUUUUCGGGAGCACUUUAAACAUAAAAUUAUGCCAUUUAAUUUUACAUUUUUAUUUUAUUUUUUUUUACUAAAUAAGACAUCCGACUUGCAAGUCAUGUUGCCAGUUUGUAUGUUUGAAGUUGAAAUACUUAGAAAGCAACUAGCGGGCCGGAUUCAAAUGCUUGGUGGGCCACAUGUGGCCCCCGGGCCGUAGUUUGCCCACCCCUGGUAUAUACAGUCGUAUGAAAACGUUUUUUUUUUUACUAAGUAAGACAUCCGACUUGCAAGUCAUGUUGCCGGUUUAUAUGUUUGAAGUUGAAAUACUUAGAAAGCAACUAGCGGGCCGGAUUCAAAUGCUUGGUGUGCCACAUGUGGCCCCCGGGCCGUAGUUUGCCUACCCCUGGUAUAUACAGUCGUUUGAAAACGUUUUUUUUUUACUAAAUAAGACAUCCGACUUGCAAGUCAUGUAAAGCAACAAGCGGGCCGGAUUCAAAUGCUUGGUGGGCCACAUGUGGCCCCCGGGCCGCAGUUUGCCCACCCCUGGUA